UGUUGGGAUGGCGGCCGGGGGAGACCGCGGGAGAGGCCUGGCCCUACUGGCCGUGCAGCAGCAGCUCCGAGCCGCCUACGGGAUUAAGGUGAAGAGACGGGCGGCCAAGAGGAAGCCGACGACGACCUCGACCGGGGCCCAAGAGGGCAAAAUAUUUGGAAUAGCUCUUCUGGAAUUGCCGCAGCAAAUUGUCCCUGAAUAUGGAAGUGUACCUUGCUUUUUAAUUGAAGCUUGCAAACACUUAGAAGAACACAUUCAUACAGAAGGCCUCUUCCGAAAAUCUGGAUCAUUUGUUCGUUUAAAAGCACUGAAGAAUCAACUUGAUCAUGGUGAAAACUGCCUGUCCACUGCCCAGCCCUGUGAUGUUGCAGGACUUCUCAAGCAGUUCUUUCGAGAAUUGCCUGAGCCCGUCUUCCCGAAUGAUCUCCAGGAAGCUCUUCUCAAGGCCCAGCAACUAGGCAGGGAGGAGAAGAACUCGGCUACUCUGCUGCUUUCCUGCCUUAUGGAUGACAGAAUGGUUGAUCCCCUGAGAUAUUUUUUCAGCUUUCUCAAAAAAGUGUCCCUGAGAGCCGCUGAGAACAAAAUGGACAGCAGUAACUUGGCAGUGAUUUUUGCUCCGAAUCUCUUGCAGUCAAGUGAUGCUGACAAAAUGUCGGCUCACACAGACAAAAAACUUCGAUCGCAGGCAGCAGUUGUGCAGACACUUAUUGACCAUGCAGAAGAAAUAGGACACAUACCAAAGUUUAUCCUGGAAAAGAUACCUGCUAUGCUUGGCAUUGAUGAUUCUGUCUCAACGCCUUCAUUACAAGAUUAUGAAGAAAGUGAAAGUGAAACUUCUGGGGAACAACACAAGAGACGGAGAAGACGGAGCAUAGGAGAUAUUGUUAGUGGGGCUCUGAAUAAACUUAAAUCUAAUAGAACACCCUGUACCACACCUCAAAGAGAUGGCAGUGUAUUUUCAUCAGUGACCCCAAUGAUUGUUACGCCAAGUGUAAAGCGUAAAUGCCCCGCCGAUUCCUGUCAAGGUUUCUCUAGCAAGAAAAGGCGAUCUCUCAGGCAUAACUUGGCUCUUGAAUUGCUACCAAGCAGCCUUUUUAGCAUUAGCUCAACACCUGCAUCAGCUCAGUUUGAAGCAAGUCCUUGCAUUUCUCUUGAGGCAUCUCAGAGUUCACUGUCUACCUCAGCCACUAGUGAGAGACACUUGCCAAGUAUAGGAAGUCGAAGAAGCAAAAGGAUUGCCAGCAAAAAAGUUCACAGGGUUGAGUCUGGAAAAACGGGUUGCUUUUCUCCUAAGAUUAGCCGGAAAGAAAUUGUGCGCAGGUCAUUGCGAUUAAAGUUCAGUUUGGGAAAGAGCAGCAGAGAGAAUGCUGCAGUGGAGCACCCAGUCAACAGAUCUGAAAAUAUUGGUCGUCGACUUGCAAAUCAACAAGACACGGAAAGUGGAACAGAUUUUCUGAAGGCAGUUGCCUUAUUAAGUCCAUGCACCGGUGAUUGUAUAACAAAGAAAGGUUCCAAAAACAUCAGCAAGUCAGAGGAGAACUUACUGGUUCCGAAUCGCCAUGAUGAAGCAAGCUAUCGAGUGUCCUGGACCGGCCCUUGUACCACCAAACCUCAGGAAACCACUCACAGCGAUGAUACUUUAAAGACAUGUCUCGAUGAAGAAAGCGGUACUUCAGAGCCCGUUUUGACUGUUAGAAAAUGUUUGGCCCUCGGUACUGUACCCAGGCCCCCUGAAGGAAGUAUGGAACCGGACAAUAAUAAACAAAUGUCCUUCUGUGAGGAAGAAAAUAAUAUGACUACAGACACUUUAUUAAAAAUUAAGCGAGCGUUUUCUGAAUCUGGAAGUAACCUCCACAACUUAUGUGAAACAGAACCUUCAAAACUAAAUUUAACACAAGAAGCUGGAUGCAUUUCAGAAAGUGGGGAGAGACGGUGCUUAAAAGCUCAAGAAACGGCAAAGGUGGAAAAGGAGAGUCAGUUUGCUAGCUCUUCUAAUACAUGUAGCGCCACUGAUAAACCCCUGUCAGGCACGGGUGAAAUGAACUCUGCAGAGGGACCCUUCUUCAAAAAUACUAAGUCGCCUGAUCAUCCAGUCCAUGAGUCAAGCAAGAGCAGCGUGUCAGUAAAAGAGGAACAUCAAACUGAGCUGGUCUCUGCAGGCGACCGGUUGAAUAAAGUACAUACCCUGCAAAAAGAUAUUUUGGAAUCAGAUUGGCGAUUCAUCCCAGAAGGUACAGUUGAAGAUAGCACAUUGAAACCCUGCAAUUCAGAGAAAAAGACUAAGGAACUCCUGGGGAAAAAAGGAGAAGCGCCUGUCUGGCAGUCGUCAGAAGAUGAAGACAGGAACGGCAAACAGCCCUUACGUAUGCAUACUUGUGAAAAAUCUAAACUUUCACCUUCAGGUAAGGUUGCUGACCAUAUACACUGGUUCAACAAACUGUCGCUGAACGAGCCCUGCUCUGCAACCAAAACCAAACCCCCUCUGAACUUUCAGCGCACUCCUGUCCGUCAGUCUGUAAGGAGAAUGAACUCGCUUUUAGAGGCCAAUAAACAGGCCGUCGCUUGCAAAUUAAUGAAAUCUGGUGAGGGCUAUCCUCUUGUGAAAUCGGUGAGUUUUGAAACUGCACUAUUUUCCUGCACAGAGAUUACCUCCAGUACAUCUACAAUUUCGCUGCCUUCUGAAACAACGAAUAAGCAAAUAUGUACAUGUGAUCGGCUUGCUUUGUCUUCCAUAUCCUGCCCACAAGUGACACAUCCGAUAGAGCAAGCUGAAAAGCUCAGAAAACCCUGCAAAGAGAAACGGGUUAUUAAUAACCAAUCCAAAAAUGUCCUUGAGGACCUCACAAAUCACGAAGCACCAAAAGCGGUUGCAAAAGUGAGCACAGAUAUGGAUGUUUCUGUCGCUACGCCUGAUAAAUGUGUUUCUAGAAAGAUGUUGGCAGGAAAAAAGCUCCGCUAUAGAGGGUCUCCAAAGAACCCCAUGUCCACAACUCAGCUUCUUCCAGUCAUUAAGCCUUUUGAUUUAUAGAUUUUACUGUCAAUCCAUAUCUGGUUUGUGUAGAUCUCCUUUUAUUUUGGUGAGCCCUUGGACACACGUCUAGGAUUGCAGCCAAAAUCUGUUAAAUGGUUACUUCAGUCUGUUUUCAGGGAAAAAAAUUAAAGAAUGGUUUAGUUUUCCUUAAAUAUACCUGCCUCUUGAUUGUGCUGCAAAUAUUAGUUGCGACUGAAGUUUAAACUAAUAAAUUCUGUUCAUAUAAAGGCUAGUGUUAUCCUUGUGGCUUCUGAUAGGUUCAGUUUUAAUUUUGUUUUUUGAUUGAUAUUUAUAGGAAAAUAUCUGCUAGCGCUGCUGGCUACUGUAAUAAAAGAACAGAUCGUUAAAUUUUGUAGCCUUUUUUAGCAGAGUAUAGCCCUUAUGUUUGGGAAGCCUUUUUUCGAGCUCUGAAUUUUGCAAUAUAGCCAGCUUCUGCAACAUUCAAGCAUAUACGAAGCAGCACUUGUACUCCAGUACUUUUGGGCAGCAGCAAAGUACAAAAGAACGUGACUUUUUGUUGACUAAAGCGAUUGGCCACCCCGUAAAAUGUUAGAAGCAGUUAGACGUUUUUCUAGGCGGGCAGCUAUCUUAAUUUUGUGUACACUGGGACUGCUAGAAUUUGCUGGUGGAAGUACAUGCUUUUCUAUAUUGUGUAAUUGAGAAGAUGGGCUGGAAUAACUUGCAAGUCAAUAUAUAUAUAUUUUUGAGAAAUACAGCCAAUUGUAGAAUAAUAAAAUAUGCUGAUUAUGUCACAGAAAUAAACUUUAAAAAGCCAUACUGUUCAUUUGCACAAAGGGAUACUUAUAGUGGUCCGGUCUUUUUCAGGAAAACGCUCAUCUGUUACUUGUAGUCCUGUGUAAAAAUUAUUUAAAUUUGAAACUGAUUUUUUUUUUAGCUUUCUUUGUUUACUCGGAUUGCAGUAGGAGUGCUAAACACUCACUUUCUCUGAAAUAAAAAAUCUUUUAACUGUU